AGGCCGCCCACUGCGCAUCCUGACUCGCGUGAAGAAGGCACGAGAUUCUAAGGGGUAAACCGGGACCAGUGGCAGAAGCUGCUCACUUACAAACCAGCACAGCAGGCCACCCAGAGGCCCAGCUCGCCUCAAUUUUCACCCUCUCAGGACACUGACCUGUCACCACUCACAGGACCGCACAGCGCACGCCUGAAGCCAAUCCCCGGCGCCCACUCACAGCCGUCAACAUGAUGGGCGUUCGGCCCCGCAGCCCUGGCGCCUAUCCUGCGCCCUGGUCCACACCACAGCCUGGCCUGGAGGACCACGCCGGCCCAGAGACCCGCGCAGGGCCAGUCCUGGAAGACUCGGCAGAUCUGCUCGCUGCGCCUGCGUUUACCUCCAUUGUAAUCCUGUCAGAGGGCUGCGCUCUGCAGCUGCCCCUAGAUGGCUUCAACCUGGUGGUGGAGGCCAUGCCCGACUCCGUCCUGCAAGUGACUCUGCAAGACCACACUCUCAUCGUGGGACCCCACAGCCUGCUGGGCUCCACCGACCAAGGCUCCGGAGAGCACAGCAACUCUCUUGAAGGCCUGGCCACGCCUGGCGCCUACCUGGGCGCUCCCCUGGAGAACGACAUCGUCCUCUUGGUCGAACAGCAGGAAUUCUUCCCCUCUGUCCCAGACAUGGCUGGCCACGAAGAGCCCCAAGAUCAUGAUGACACGCACUCCGUAUUCCUGGUGCCUUACGGAGACUGUCCGGGCAGCCUCACUGCUGGGCUCCUGCUCUGGCCCGCAGCAGUAUUGAGCCCUGACCCACAGGGCUCCAUCCCAGAGCCAACGCCUCUGAUCCCCAUCAUUUCUUUUGCAAGUGGCUCUCCUGGCUUAGUCUUCGACCAGGACGACUUCCAUCUGCUGAGGCCCUUCCCCACCUCGCCGCUCCAACCUCUGCCUCCCUUUCCCAGUCCUGGUCCCAAUGAGCGCCCAGUGCGCAUGGGUCCACAUUGCAAAGCCAGGAGACGCCUGUUCCAGGAAUGAAUUGCCUCCUGCAACACUUUGCCACUGUUCUGGGGUCCAAGUGAGGGCCUUCUAAUGGCUAUUGUUUGUGUACUGCACACCUAAAAGAUACAUAAUGGACGGGUUUUUUUAAUGUAGGCAACGUUGCAGAGUUUAAAUCAGUGGCUGUUUUAGAAAGUCUGGAAGACUUUCUGGUUAGCCAAAAAAAAAAAAGUGUGAGAGGGGAAUGGCUCUUUGACAGUCUACUUUCAGACCUAGAGACUGCUACUCAUUCCUUUUUCCCUGUAGAAGUCACCCUUAAGAAGUUUGAAUUUGCCUGAGUCUUUUGUUUAGUUUUGUUUUUUGAUGUGUAUGUGCAUGUGUGUUUUUUGACACACCAUAUUGCCAUGUGGUUCAGGCAACCCUUGAACUCACUGUGGAGCCCAGGCUGGCUUGGAACUCUCAGCAAUCCUCCUGCCUCAGCCUCCCAAGUGCUAGGAUUACAGGCAUAUGGUACCACACCCAGCUUUAGACCUCAACGCCAGCACUUAAAACCCACCCUUUCUCCAACAUCCUACCCAUGGACCUGUUUUGUCCCAAAGCAGCUACUAAGUAUCCUUUGUUUAAGGUUGCUUGGGCUCUAGUCUCUGCUAGUGUGUGACUACCUUCUCACCAUGGACUUUUUCUGGAGGAAAACAGUCCCCUUUGGGAUAUCUCACAAAAAGCUGUACCAUGUAAUGCUAAUGUCUGUUGUUUACAAAAUGGACAGAACUGGGAAGAAUGACCAUUCACCUUCCUUGUGUUUUUUUUUUCUUUAAUGAUUUGGUUAGCAAAGAACUAUUGUUGUUUUAACUGGGAUUUUUUCCCCCCUUUACAAAAGAACCAGCUCUUUUCCAUACAUUUCUUCUUGUAUAUUAUUAAUAUAAUUCCCUGGUUCUGAAAAAGUUCAUAAUACUAUAUUUUAAUGUUUUCACAACUACAAGAUCUCAAAUUUAUUUGUACAUUGUUCCUAGUGUAUAAAAAUAUUUCUUUAUAUGUUAAUCUAGUAUCCAAGAAAAUUAUUUGUUUUAUGACUUCUCUGUAGAUUCUUUUGGUUGGUUAGUAAGGACAAUAAUAGCGCUAAAAAUAAGAAUACAGUAUUGUCUUUUCACAAGCAUCUUACAUUUAAUCUUUCCUUAAUUUGUAUUAGAUAUGACUUUCUUUAACAAUAUGGCUGAUGGGGCAUUCCCAUCUUAUGUCUUGUGUUGACAAUUCUAAAUUGUAUCAAUUAUUUUUAUUGUAAAUGCUUGGUAUAUCACAUUGAAGAAGUUUAUUUUCGGUCUUUCUGAUCAUGAAAUAACUGUUGAGUUUCUGGGAUUUUGUUGGUUUUUGUUUGUGGGGAGUUGGCUAAGUAACUACAAAGACUAUCAAAUUAUUGAAAAUGUUGGAUUAAAUAACUAAAUUCAGUUAAUUUUAUAAUUUUAAUUCUUUGUAUGUACAUAUAGGAACUUUUGGACCACUGGAAUAUACACAGCAAGUUAACAGGACACAUAAGACUAGGGUUGGGGCUACAGGGAUUUAAAAAUUGGAUGUCCUUCUGAGGACUUGAGAAGAAUGGAAGGAGGUAUCUGAAGGGUCAUGUUAAGGUUUUAAAUGUUAAAUUUUAAGAAUUUAUGUUCUGGGGCCAGGGAUUUAGCUCAGUGGUUCCACCGCCUGCCUCACAAACACAAGGUCACAAGUUCCAUCCCGGUACCAAAAAAAAA